AUGGUAGAAACGACACACGUAGAACAUGAUGCAAAUCUUCACCAUUCAUCACCACCUCUGGGCACCGAGAAUGUGAAUAUUACAUCCAAUCCAAUGGUUGAAGGUGUAGAAAAAUUGGUGAAUGAUAUUGUGCAAGAGAAUAAUGUUAGUAAUGUACCACACUUGGAAAUGGAGUUUGAGUCUGAGGCCUUCACAUAUGAAUUUUAUAAUGAGUAUAGUAAGAAAUGUGGUUUUGGUAUCCGUCGAGAAUAUGCAAAUAAAAGCAAAAAAGAUGGAGUUCUUACUUCAAGAAAAUUUGUGUGCUCCAAAGAGGGUAGACGCGGUGCUGACAAACGUGAUUACUUGACAAAAGAUGCUCGAGCAGAAACUAGAACAUGA